CUGACAUCUAGUGCGAAUAUCGAUAUAAAUGUGGCAGACGUUAAUGAUAAUGCCCCGGUGUUUGUUUCCCCUAGAAAAAUUCUGGUCCAUGAUGAUUUUUUUGUUGGUUCCCUGGUGACUAUGGUUCGGGCGGUUGAUUUGGAUUUUCGAGAAAAUGGGACAGUGGAGUAUUAUUUUGCUGAAGAUAAUUUUGUGGCAACAUCCUCGUCCACGUCAUCAUCAACGUCAUCGUCGUCGUCGUCAUCUUUUUCUCUCCUUCCGUUUUCCAUCCAUCCACAAACAGGUGCCAUUAAUUUGACGUCUGAGCUGAACGCGUUGAGACGAUCUUCGUACAUGAUUGAAAUCAUCGCGACCGAUUUGGGAAAACCAAAGCUAGCCAAAAGAACCAACUUAACGAUAGACGUUCGUUCGUUUAACUGGAAUCUAAACCCGCCAAUAUUUAAAGAGAGGUAUGCGAAUUUCUCAGUCAGAGAGAAUAAACCGCCUGGUACUUUUGUCGGUAAAGUAUCGGCAACCGAUGACGAU